AUGAGUGACCUUGGAAGAAAAGACAUUAGCGACAAACUCACCGAGACCGUGAAGCCAGACUCUGAGAAGAGCGCUUACGAGAAGACCAAGGAGCAAGUCACAGACCAGGCAGACAAACUUGCCUCGAAAGUGACACCAGACAACCAAAAGUCAUUCACACAGACUUUGGGCGACAAGGCUCAAUCAGGCUCUGACAAGGCCAAGUCCGAGGUCGACGAGAACCAGAGCAGUUUGGCCGACACCGCCAACCAAUAUCUGGAUGCCGGUAAGGAGAAGCUGAAUGAGGCUGUCGAGUACGUCUCUGGCGCUCUCUCUGGUGCUAAGGAGGGUGCUGACUCCACCAAGAAAUAA